GCGUCUUUCGCGUCUGUAGUCAACGAUGGCUGAGAUGCAGGUCAAACGCAAGAUUGGCGUCUCUCCAUGCGCAAGAAUUUCCACCAACCUUCCUUCCAGGCCGUCCUCUCCCACAAAACCAACAAGGCCUCCAUCUCCCUUCAAACGUGUUCCUGCGCAGGCUCCAGCAUCUCAUUCUCUUCAACCUAGACCUCGUGCAAAGGUUAGCAGCAGCGCGAACAUCGCAGUGGGCAAAAAAACCGCCUCCACUCUGAGUCCUGCUCUCACUUCUGCAUCCUCCUCACCCCGAGAACCUUCACCUGUUAGAAGAUAUGAGUCGCAGCCAGGAAGGCUGUCUCCCAAGCCAGAUGCCAUUAGAAUGUCCCGCGCACGUUCGGCAGGAUUGCCCGCAGCAUCGGCGUCGACAUCUCCACGGGUGGGGAACGUGCAAGCAGAUUACGCAGCACUAUCCGCUGCCACCUCCGACUCUGCAUUGGCAAAGCCAAGUCCACCGCGUAUCCGCCAAGCCAGUAUCUCCUCUGUCUCACAGUUGUCAUCUACCUCAUCGCCUAACAUGAAUGGCAUUUGUUCACCGCCUUUAUCCGCCGUAUCACAUUCACACGAUUCAGACGCACAAUCAACUGUUUCGUCGCACCGUAUCACUGCGAAGGUAUCCAGUGUAGCGAAAGCCAAGCAACAAGCCCAACCCCAGCCCUUCCCGUCUUCUUCGCCGCUUCUCGCGCCCUCGCCUAUUCCUGGUCCAUCAACAUCUGAAGACCCAUUAUCUCGUGGCCCACAACUGCGUCAACGUGUCUGCCGGACUGUCUCCAUAGGCUCACUCUCUGCUCCCAGAGCCUCACAGGUAUACCCUAUUACGACAGCAAACCCUGCCGCCAAUGCCCAUCGAUUUGCUACUGUCCGUAGCCCUUCAAGUUCGCACCGUCCAUCGCACGUAUUUACCUCUCCUCUACAGUCUGAGCACAGACCGCGGUUUGAAGACCCUGCAUCGGUUCCCCCUCUUUCUCCUCCCACUUCAAACGUCUCGUUCUCUUCCUUAUCCUCUGUUUCUCGAUCAUCCGGUUCUUCUGCUUAUAAUACCACGGCUCCGGGCUCACGUUCUAAUGGCAUUGGUACCUCAAAAGAGCCAACAAAUCAUAAUGCAAGAAAUGGGUUAAACGCGCCCGGCAAAUCUCGCUCCACUUCUUUGGACAUUAAUGAUGCGGAUUUGGAUCGUAUACAGCCUGGCGAUUCUCCCCAGAUUGAUACCGAUGGGGCAGGUGAAGAAUGCGCUACAAGAGCGGAGGCAAAGUCUCACAGAAAGAUCGCCGACUUAGAAAUCACCAAUAAAUCGCUACUUGCAAUCAACAGUCAACUCGAGGCCAAUAAGCACAAGCAAGCGAAGGAGAUUCGAGAACUACGUCUAAAACUCCGAGAAUCGCAAUUGGCGCUGCCUCCUCGCGCGUAUCGCGAGUUGAAGGCCGCGGGUGCUGUAGAGGAAUUGGACAAAGAAGAGGAUGAGCCCGAAGAACAGGAGGUGGAUGGAGAUGAAGAUGUGAGAACGACCGCCGAAGCUAUUAGACUGGGCAAGGACGACGAGCUGUUCGACCGUGUACGAAUUAUUAUUGACGGCCUUCUGACGAGUGGUAGACAAGCGCUCGCGGUAAAGGUUGAGGACCUUGCACCGCCGAAGGGCGCUGCGAAGGUCUUACAUGAGGUGGAAGCACGUACGUGGCGAGAUGGGUUUCUAGACACUCGUUCAGGUACUGCAACUCCCGGGGCAGCGGAUACCACUGAAGAUAUCUCUUUUGACGAGUCGUUCCUUAGUGUCGACUCCGGUGAUGAAGGAGUAUCAACUCAGAACGUCACCGAUAGUUCAUUUUUUAGUUAUAAUAACAAUAGAAGCUCAGAGAGGGAAGUAGAAGACUUAGUUUCCUUUUCUACGAGCAUUAGUUCAUAAUUUAUUCCCCUGUCUCUUUGUGAUUCACUCCCUACUGGCAUGUCGUCGCUCACUCAUUUUCCUUGUUCAAUUCGCUAUUCGUCUUCUAUCGUAUCGGAUAUUCAUACCCCAAUAGACUGCAUAUAACCACAAUCACAGCAUUAUUGUACACUGCUUC